CCGAUACCGUCUGUUGAUAUCCGGCUCGUACGUAUUCCAACAUGGCUGACUGGCGUACCUAGCAACACACGCUAAAGGGCUAAAUUGUGCCAAAUAGGAUUUUAUACGAAAGGGAAAAAUUGUGAUAAAAUUCAAAUUGACCAAAUGCAGAAUGUGGAGAGUGAGGACACGGUACGUCGGUCAUUCGGAGGCCGGAUGAAGAACGCCCUAGACAUCACAGGAGAGAACUUUGAGGACUUGUUAGCCUACGAUGAUCUCUUCCUGGACUACUUCAAUGCCUUCCUGGCUCUCAAUGUUUUCCCGAUCGCGACCACAUAUAACCGUCUGACGGGGUCAUUUGAGGAGGUGAACUACUCAGACAAUGAGGAUAAUCGGGGAUCAUCCGGGUCAUCAGAGCGUACGGUCCAGUAUGCCCCAACAGAUGAGGAACGAGAUCAGUUACUGGUUUGGGCACGUGAGGAAAGACUGCCUCUCUUCCUCAGCACACAACUUUUCCGUGAGUUUAAACUCUGUAAGCUGCUACUACGUGCCUUAGAUGACCGAUACUCGGCCGGACGACACUCCAACACAUUACGGGGGUACAGCCGUCAGUCGGAGAGCUAUGUGUCCAGUUUUAGCAACAGUGCAGACAACAGCGCUCAUGAUGAAAUUGAUGAUGAUGAGGACAUCUUCAUGGACUCAAGUAACCUGAGGCACUCGGGCUUGUACCGAUAUCAGCGUCCAGGAAGUAAAGCCUUGAGCGUGCCCACUCGCAUGUAUCUAGGUUCAGAAACCACACAGAGAGGCAGCACGAUAACAGCUACCCAGGACUCCUCACGUGGUGAAUCACAAAGUGCCAAAACCAAAAAGAAAAAGGAGCUGAGUUUCACAGGAGAUUUUGUACCAGGUCUCGAACUGGACACUGACCAAACGCCAAAGUCCAGAGAAAACACAAUGGUCAAGUUUGAUGAUAAACAACCAAAUGAAGAGAAAAGUCGGAAAUCCUCGAGACGGAGUCGUAAACAUGUACCAGUAUCGGAUGUUGAGGAGACAUUCUUAAGACAUGCCAGAGCCUUGUCAGCCCCUGUCAACUAUGAGGAGUACAUGCGUCACCCAAAGUUUGUAGACUUUGACUUUUUGUUUGGGGAGGCAGAACCAGACACCCAGGGACAGGUGUAUGUGACAUUUGAGGAUGAACAUGUCAGUGAGGAGCAGACAGAAAACGAUGUUAAAAACCUAGAGGGACGUCUCAAAAUGUCACUGCAAGAGCUCAAGGAACAGGCCUUAGGCUCGUAUGGGGGCAUGGAGGCUUACAAGGAGUUCCUGAAGGGAACCGCUGGUGACCAGCUCCUCAAUUUCUGGCUUGAUUGCGAGUACUACAAAGACACAGUGGAAAGCUUUGACGAGCUGUCUAAAAAUGACAUCAGAAACAGAUUAUUCAGAGAUAUAAGGGAUCGUUAUAAGAUGAAUCUGACGGAGGAUGCUAGGAACCAGAUCUCUAAAUCAGCCAGUAGUGCCAACCUUAGCCACACGAUCUUUCUCCGUACUCAGUACGAUGUGCUGAGGAGGCUGAGGGCCUACUGGGUACCGCGCUUCCUCAUCCACCAGGAGCGCCUCCGUGAGUUCAGUGAUAUCGGUGCUGGAAUGGGAAUAACGAUGUUGACGAAAUAUGGUAACGGAACAAGACACUCCCUCCCAUUCUUUCCAUCAAUCUCAUUGGUCAACUCAAUGCCAGUCCGUCCAGACGAUGUUCUUACCUACUCAAAAACAAAGAAUUGGGAGUACAUCAGUCAAGGAGGUCGUUGCCUUGACAACAGAGUGACCUCUGCAAAGGUCAGACAGUUACCUCCUGCAAGAAUUUUGUAUUCACGUUCGACAAGGAUUGCAAAGAAUCGGUUCAUGAUGGCUCUCAUGGGAGACAAAGUGGCAGGAGGUCCAUUUCAGCGAUUCCUAGAAAGACAAAGUGACCGUCUGCUGUUGUCCAACCUGCUGUUCUGGCAGGAUGUGACAGAAUAUGGUCAGGCUGAGGACCGUUCUGCUGACCGUCUGCUCCGACUCUGUCAUGCCUGGACAAUCUACAAUAAAUAUUUACUGCCUAACAGUGAAUAUGGUAUUGGUCUGUCUGAGGCUGAGAGAAAUGAACUUCAUGACACUUUGCUCAAGGCCAAGGACUUUGUGGAGGCGUCUGUGUUCAACAUAGCCAAAUUCCACUCCAUGGAGCGUCUAGAAAGAGCGUGGAUGCGUUACCUCCAGGAGGACCUGAAAACAUUCCUGGAUGCCCAUGUGCGACCGGGAGCGGAAAGUCCGCCUUCCACUGCUGAUGUGAUCCACAUUUCCGUUGCUGGAGAUGAACUUCUUAUCACACGCCCCAUGCCUUGGGUCAAAAGGGUUCCGACAACAGACUCCCAGAGGGCUGCUCGCCUUCGACAAGCAUUGGGACUUGGCGCGGAUAUGAACAGUGAACAGAGAGCUGAAAUGAGGGCUAAAGCUCGGGAGCGACGGAAAGAGAUGGAACGAGAGAGGAAAAAAGCCAUACGGGCUGCCUACCGGAGAGUGAAAGAGGCGAAACAAAGGAAAGACACAGAGAAAAAAGAAGAUGGUGAUGAUAUGGAAUACGACAUUGAUGAUGAGAAGAGGUCAGCGAAGCCACCACCUCCGUUUACUGAGAUGACGCACAACAAACAAUUUAUGACAAACUUUAGAAAGCAUUUACAAGAAUCUGAGGACAAAGAGAGACUGAAUAUGGUCAGUCUAUAUUUGGACACGGACACCUACCUCAACCUUGGUUCUAGUAAGACGGACCAAAAGAAGAAAGAGACUCACGCUGGCUUUAUCUUCAAGACUUAUGUUGACUCCCAUGGUAAGAAACACCUAACUUUCCCUGACAAACUGACAAACAGGAUUGGGGAGAGACCUAAGACAGGAGCCAUUAAGGAAAUGCAGAGUACUGUGGUACCUAAACUGGAGGAGGCCUUCAAUGCUUUCUUAGUGGAAAAAGCAUCUGAGAAUGGAAUGGACCCUCGAGAUUUCGCCAAUCUUUCUCAGGCAGAACUAGCUCUUCGACUGGGUACAGAGACGUCGGUGAACUGGAAAAAAGGACGAAAGGGAAAGGACGAAUCAGCACGAACUGCAUCACAGACUGAUCAGGGCCCUGCCGGCCGGCGGGGACGCAGAAAUAAAUUAAAUACGAAGACUGGACGUGCACAGCCAACGAAGGAUGACCGAGAGGAAUUUUUCAAGGCGCUCAAAUCGUCAGCUGCAGGUCACCUGACACUUACGAUGCUCUACUUCUAUAAAUAUCUACAGAAACACGGCGAGGAAGAAAACGCUCCCCUGCUGGACAAAGACCUUUUUUUCUACAUUGAAGUUCAGAAAUUCAAGGACUGUAGCCAUGCAUAUGCUGACGAGGAAUCUCUCCGGAAGAAAGUCCAGUCAAUCAUGGAGUGUUUCCUUGAUGCCAUCACCAGUCCGGCUCUCCAGAUUGAUGUGACCGCAGCGACCCAGGACAAAGCCAUCCGGGCAGCUCAGCGUUACCUACAAGGAAAGGAUGUGAUGGCUAGUAUAUUUGACGAGCCACAACUAAUGGUGUUCAAAGAAUUAUUACCUUACUGGGCUGGGUUUAGACGAACGUUCCAACCUCCAGAUGAUCCAACAAAACGUCCAGUCACUAAACAUCAAAAGAUGCUGAAGAAGAGACUGGAGGCCAUUGAAAACUAUGUGAUACCAUCUAACGAGUUCCACCUUCCAUCCAUCCCCGAAGGAUCCAUAGCGGCUUAUACCUUCUCACUGUCAGACGGAGUCAGAUGGCGGGAUGAAGGGCUGCUCACGAGUAAUACUAGUUUCUCGGAGGUUUCAACUGAGGAAGCACAGAGUAUAUUGGGAAGUCCCAUUGACCGAUCGGAGACGGCAACAACUUUAAGGGGCGGAAAGAGUGGCGUGGAAUCUCUACGGAAACGCGUAAAGUCACAAUCACAUCUGAGCGUGCCCGGCAUGAACGGUAGUGGUCGUACUUCUCCUGGACAUUCAGUAUCUGUCAAAGACUGACAUAGGUAUGGACAAGGAAUGAUCUGAUGAGGAUGUGAGGGCAAAGCGUUCAUUACCAAGAAUUAUCAACAUCUCGGACAUUGAGAGUGAUGGAAGAUCUUCAACUCUACUUCUGAAACUAAGAGAAUUGAGAUUUCUUUAUCAAAAAAAAAAAUUCAACUCACUAUUACAUGGACAUAUAUAUUGUUGUAAUCCAAGGUCAUAGAAAAUGUUUAAGGUAUUUUAUGAUUUUGUUGUUGAAUUCAAAGAAUGCAAGUUGAAAUACCACAGGGGUCUGAUGUGAACAAAUGUGUAUAGAUUAGCACCACAGGGAUCUGACUCUAGCCCAAUAUAAAUCUGAAUUCGGUUAUAAAUAUUAGGGAUGUGAUCUUCUCCGUUAUCUUUUCUGAGCUUGUGCAAUAAGUUUUCUUAACAGUUUCGCUACAGAUUACAACCUUCUGAAGUUAUAAAGUAUAUAAUCUUUUUUUUUAAAUAUUGAAAAAUUGAUUGAAAAAAAACAAACAAAAAACUAUUAAAUCAAUCACAGGUUUACAAAUAUAAUGAAUUCUUAUUUAAGACAUGCGUCCUUUAUCAGAGGAGGAAUAUUGAUACAAAGGAAAAAGUGAUAUUAAGCAGAAUGUGAUAUAAAACAGAAUGUGACAUUCAAAACAGCUUCAGAGUAGAAUCAAAGUAAAUGUAUAAAGCUUGUAACUUUUACGGCAAUUAAGAUGGUAAAAAGCAUCUAUUUCACAGCUGUUAAUCCAAGUCAGGGUGUGAAAAAUCCAGAAAAAUCUAUCACUAUUACUUUAAACAUUUUCUGCUGUCUGUGUAACAUGUAAUGUGUUAAGAAACGGGCAAUGAAAUAAAAAGUAAUCAAGAGUUGAUGUUUUAUUACACGAUAUUAAUAUGUUACAAAGAGAGAAAACGGGAGGUAAAAUGUUAAAGUGAAAUGUUAGAUUAAUUGGAAUGCUAUAUAAAAGGGAAUGUUUUAUAUUAGGUAGAAUGUUACAUUAAGUGGAAUGUUAUAUUAAAGGGAAUGUCUCAUAUUAGAUAGAAUGUUACAUUAAGUGGAAUGUUAUAUAAAAUGGAAUGUCUAAUAUUAGGUAGAAUGUUACAUUAAGUGGAAUGUCAUAUUUAUUUGAAUGUUACAUUAUAUGGGAUAUUACAUUAAGAAGAAUGUAAUAUUAAGUUGAAUCAUGCUAGAUUACUAAGGAAGAUAUAAGUGAAUGUUUUCAAUUGAGCCAAUCUGUGAUAUUCUUUUCUGUGAUAUUUUUACCAGUACAUGAAAUAUUUACUGGGUACAUAUUAAAGUUAUAAUUGUACAUAAAGUUGUCCCCAGGGUCUCCUCCUGGAGUAAGUCUCUAUACUCUAGUGUACUCUAGUGUAUCUAUGAUCUUUCUCAAUACCUCAGUAUGGUCACUACAAAAAACAAUGUUAAUAUAUUUAUACAAAUUAGGAUUCACAAUCUUAUGUUCUAGGUCAGCUGUACUUAAAUAGGUCACUGUAAUGGUAUAUCACACAUUUAUUUAAAGGUCAUUUCAGCAAUGUUCUUAUAUGUAUAUAUAUCAAAGUAUGUAUGCAAGUUGUGUUAAGUCACUGGUCACCAGAUUCUGAUUGUUAUGUAUGUAGGUUGCUGUGACCUUAUUUAUCAUGUAUGUAGGUCACUUUGACAUUUUGUAUGAAUGUUAGUGACCUUAUUUUAUAUAUCAAUCACUGUUAUUUAUUAAGAAUGUAGGUCACAGUUACAUUCCUAUGUAUGAAGGUCAAUGACUUUGUUUAAAGUGUAUGUUGGUCACUGUGACCUUAUUUAUUAUGUAGGUCACUGGGACCUAAUUCUAUCACAAUGGCCUGCUACCUAUCAGUAUUGCCUGUACCUACAGGAUCUAUUCUGUCUAUGACACCCCGAUGUUCCCCUGCCACUUAAGAACAAUAAACCUGUUUCUACUGUU